UCUAUUAUAAGAUCUAGGCGAAUGCCACAUAUAUUAAACACUACAAUUUAAUUUCUUUCGAAUCACUGCUGCAUUUGACAUGUGCAACAUGAUUGUACUUAUCAUUGACUAUUGAGAUUGGGUCGUGUUAUACUUAAUACCAUAUGAUUUCGUUGAAAACUUAAAAUACACUAAAGAUUAGAUAUUUGUAGUUUGCGCAAAAUGACUAUAAACUUGAGCAUUUUCAUUCACCUAUAGGUCUAGGGGAGUUAAAUAAGUUUCUUUUUAUAGUUUUCUAAAACUCAUAAGAACCCGAAAUACAAAAUUAAUCGGAUCAAAGGUAAAGCAAAUUAUUUUGAUUGUAAAUGACUACAUCAUCACAUGUAACUUUCUAGACACGUAAAGUCAAAUAAAUACUAAUAAAUUAGAUCACGACCUAAGCAAUUUCUUAUCCGAUUGUAUUUAAACGUCUCAACAAACUGACCCGCCAAAAUAUUAAUAAUUAAACUCCAUAAUUCCAAUUAUGUAAAUUUAAUUACAAACACCAUAAUUCUUCCUUAAUCCUUUGUUUUUACUUCAUUCAUUCUCAGAAAUCUUGACCAUGAAGGAGGAUCGUCGUCUUCCUCACAAACGCGAUGCCUUCCAAUUCUUGAAAACCAAGACUGCGUACGUUAUCUUCAUAGUUCUAACCUACGCCUUCGGUUACUUCUCCGCCUACUACUCUCAUCAACCGCUGCAGCAGCAGCAGCCACCGUCUCCGGCGGCGGUGAGAGAUGUGAAGACGAUAAAACCUCAAGUUUGUUCAAUCGACAACUUCCGAGUAACGACUCGAUGCGGCAAUCUUGUCCCGCCGGAAUUGAUUCGCCAAACGGUUAUCGACCGGAUCUUUAACGGAACUUCUCCGUACACCGAUUUCCCACCACCACACGCCGAGAAGUUUCUCCGGCCAAAAAGAAUCAAAGGCUGGGGAUCGUACGGAGCCGUUUUCGAGAAUCUAAUCCGCCGAGUCAAACCUCGGACGAUCGUCGAAAUCGGAAGUUUCCUCGGCGCGUCGGCGAUACACAUGGCGAAUCUCACGCGCCGCCUUGGGCUAGAGGAGACUCAGAUUCUCUGCGUCGACGAUUUCCGUGGCUGGCCUGGUUUUCGAGACCGGUUUAAGGACGUGGCUUUGGUUAACGGUGACGUUUUGCUUAUGUACCAGUUUAUGCAAAACGUGGUUAGCUCGAAUGUUUCCGGUUCGAUUUUGCCGGUUCCUUUCUCGACCGGUUCCGCUUUGGAGAAGCUGUGUGAGUGGGGAGUGACGGCGGAUCUGGUGGAGAUAGACGCGGGUCACGAUUUCAAUUCGGCUUGGGCGGAUAUAAACCGGGCGGUUCGGAUACUCCGACCCGGCGGUGUUAUAUUUGGUCACGAUUAUUUCACAGCGGCGGAUAAUAGAGGAGUUAGGAGAGCCGUGAAUCUGUUCGCAGAGAUUAACCGGUUAAAAGUCAAAACCGAUGGUCAACAUUGGGUUAUUGAUUCCGUCAAAGUAACCUGAUUCCCUUUUUCCAUAAGGGAUGAAAAAAUUGGAUGUCUAAUAAGAAAAUGUGUAAUACUUGCAUAGUCAAUUCAUUUGAGGUUUUUGAUUGUAUAAUGGGAAAAUGUAUUUGAUUGAUCAUUUGAGAAAAUCCAUCUUUUUUUUAAGUA